AUGAAAAAUGAAAAAUUGUUGCUCUCCGUUGUCAUUCAUGUCCUGCUUGGCGUGAAUCUGAGUUAUGCUUUCUCCAUUCGUAAAUUUUUGCACAAAGCAGCAAAGGCGAUAACUCAGGCGCCCUCCAAUAUAGUCAAGAAAAUAGAGCACUCCGACAACGCGGUGAUAGAAGCACAUGUACGUUUGGUAGAAUCACUCACGCCUGAGGGAUUCAUACUUCGAGCUAUCGGGAUUUUCCCAUCAGACGUGAUACCAAUACCUCCACCGGCCAUGAAGGCGAUAAAGUUGGUCAAUGGACUUAAAGAUUUGCACAAAGAAGACUUCGAUGCUCUUCAACAAUGUAAAACUCAAGCAAUUAGUGACAUAGCCGUAAUCAGGAAAGCCGAAACAUCCGUAACCAGAAACCAGUUUCCAAAGAUGCUGAAACAGGCAGACGAGAUAGUUAUGUACGCAUGUGGUGGUGCCAGCGGCGCGAAAGACGAUCGUAAACGUCUUCCGGGUAGCGUUCUGAACAUCUUUCACCUACUCGGCAAGAUUGGUAAUGCUCAUUGA